GGAAGUGACAACGGAAAGAUAGAUGUGUGUGUGGAAAGAGAGAGAGAGAAAUGAUGAGUGGGGUGGGAAAAAUAUUAAAGCGAUGAGUAAGGAGAGAGAUAUGUAUUAAAGAGCGAAGUGGAGAGUGUGAGAGUGAAUCUGAAUUAAAGAGAGAAAGAGAGAGAUGAAUGAAGAGAAGCAGUAGGGAGAGAAAGAAACAUAAAGAAAGGAGUAGAAAGCUAAUAAGAGGUUGGGGAGAGCAUGAUAUGGAAAAGAAGAAAAUAGAGAGAGAAAGAUAUGGGAAAGGAAGAUGAAGUUUGUACAAGCGAGAAAGAGUGAGAGAGAGAGAAUGACAAAAAUAUGGUAGAAAAGAGGAAGGUGCAUAUAGAGAGAGAAAGGUGUAGAUAGAGUAAUAAAUAGAGAAGGGAGAGUGGUAUAGAUAAAGUAAUAAAUAGAUAGGGGAGAGAGGUGUAGAUAGAGUAAUAAAUAGAGAAAAGGAGAUGCAUUGAGAAAUACAAGUGGAGAGUCAGGAGAAAGAAACAUGUAGAAACAAGAAAGACUAACGUGAAUGUAAUUCAGAGUAAUUGAACUAGUGUUUCCGGCAAUAGAAAUUACAGGCAUUUAGAUCGGUCGAUCUAUUUAAUCGCUGGAUUUUUUCCUCUUUUUGUUUUUACAUGAAUACAUUGAUUUCGACAAUUUUUUCUCUGCGACACCAAUUCUAAAACCAGUAAUGUCAUUUGACUGCAACCAUACUGGAGCACCACCUUGACAGGUUUUUAGUCAAACAAAUCAAGUUCAGGACUUAUUUUUUAAGCCUAGUACUUAUUCUGUCGGUCUCUUUUGCUGAACUGCUAUGUUAUGGAUACAUAAGCACACCAAUACUGGUUGUCAAGGAGUGAUGGGGGCAACAAAUAUAGACAGAAGGGUAAAGAUACCGCUUGCUAAAAAAUUAAACCACCAAUUCUACGAUAAAUACACACCUUGAAAUUCCAUCCUGAAGGUUAAAGAAAUGAAUUCUGUGCAAAAGUCAACACUAUUAGUUCGAGAAGAAAAAGAUGGUGACCGCGAAAAAGUGAAUUCUUUAGACAUUGCCAAUUUAGUAGCUGAAGUAGAACGGUUUACUAAGUUGAUUGAGCCAGUGGCUUUUGUGAUCUAUGCUUUGGAAGAUGUCCGGAGAUGGCGUAAUCCAAACCUGACAAUUGCCUUGUGGAUCUGUUGUAACAUCGGAUGUUUUGUUUUGUCUAAAGCUGCCUUCUUUGUUUUAGUGUCUUUACUAGUUGUAGCUAUUGCUACUUUAUCACUUAUUCAUAUACACACACGUAUAUUUGACACUAUACUGCCUGAAAGCCACAGAGAAUGUUAUCUUCCUGGAGAAAACAAUGGGGAUGAAGAAAUAUGUCAAAAUACUGUUAGAGAAUUCCAAUACAGCUUGAUACAGGUCAAUGAUUUCCUGAUCCGCUGCAAUGAGUACCUCGACAGUUUUUACACAAUUCUAAAAUGGGAAGAAAUAGGUCCCUCACUCAGAUUCCACAUAGAAAUCUGUUCCUUUUUGAUCUUCCUCACCAUGUUUCCAGCUCGCUGGAAUUUUAUCCUUUUCUUCAAUUGGUUUUUCUUAGGUCAUGAAGAAAUGUUAAAAUAUAUUUCUAAAAAAUCUCAAUUUUUUAUGGCAAAAUGGAAAGAUGAAAAUGAAUUAGAAGUUGAAAAUCCCACGAGUGGUCCAAAAGUACCAGAAAUGGAUUCUAAUGGUCAAACUGAACAGGUGAAUUCCAAAAAAGGUGAAAAUGAAGAAUCCCCAGAUAAGGAAGAAAUUUCUACCUCAGAUGGAGAGUUUGACUUUGUGAGUUGUGAUUCAGUCGGUUAUGCAGAAAAUCGCCAUGAGCCUUUGCCUACCAAACCUGGAAUGGUGGCACGUUUGAUGGAGCUGAAGAAACGCCGACAAUAUAUUGCAAGUGGGGCCUGUAAUGCUUGUAACGUCUCAUUUUCUUCCAUUCUGAAAAGAAGAUACUACUGUCGUCACUGUGGUAACCACUUCUGUGCUAAAUGUUGUGCUCAAAAAGUACCCAAGUCCUUAUUUGGAGCUACAGCUCCUUCAGCUCAAACUGAGACUGUUCUAGUGUGUAAUACUUGCUACAAUAUGCUCAUGAAGAAAGAAGAUAAAGAAAAACCAAGCUGAAUAACUGUUUGGUGACAGCUAGUCAUCUGAACUACACACUUUAAGAGCAUCAAACACUCCGAGAGAAAACUGUGCUGUCCUAGACUUCUCCUCAGCCAGACCACAACACCUGCUGCUACAAGCGACACUCACUGUUCUGACAAGAGUAUGGACAUCAGUAUUAUUUCAAAGAAGCAGAAAACAAUCAUACUUUCAAUUUCCUUCUAUUCUUUUCAGUAUGGUUUUUCUAAUUGUUAAAGUUUUAACUUUAGAGAUUCACACAUUAUUUUUAGUUUUGUGAGUACCCAGUUUGAAAGGAAUGGUCCCAGAGGAAUUUAGAUCAUGUUUCAAAACUUAGUGAGAGGAAUUUUUUAAGUUAAAGAAAAAACAGUAUUUCUCCUUUAUUUUGAGAGUAGUAUGAAAGCAAAACCUAAUUUAUUUUAAAUAACCCUUCCCAACCUAUAUAUGCAUCCAGUUUUUGCUUCAGUGCCAAUGUAGUUACUCUUUCAUAAAGAGUUUUAUCUUCAGUGUGAAGAAUGUUUGCAGUUGGCUAAAAUAAAAAGAGAUGGGUUAUGAUUGUUCUAUGUGUGAAGAAUAGGUUUGAAUUGCAUAACUAUACAAAUUGCAUUUGCUUAUAUUUGAAGUAGGAGUAACUAUUUCAUUGAUGGAACUGAUUAACAUAACUCUGUUAAUUGAAUAUUUGAUUUGGUUUCUUCCGCUCAAUUACUAUUUUAGUAAACUUCCAUAAAGUAUUAGUCAUAAAUAAAGGAAAACCUUAUAACUAUUGUCAUAAUAGAUAACAGUAGAUUGGAAAUGCUACAAAAGAAAUUCAAUAUUCAGAGAAACUUAGACAUAAUCCCAGCUGUUGACCUACAAUGAAUUACCUUUCUGUAGUUCUGCAGCAAAAAGUUAUAUUUAGUUAUUAAGUUGUACCAGAGACAGUUAACACAACACUUCAUUUUUCUGACAUACAAAAUACAUUUAUCCUACAUUAUUACAUUGUGUAUGGCACAAGUGAAUCCAAAAUCUUAAUCUUUAUUGCUUUGACAGCUAAUAAUUUUGCUACUUAGUAACAAAAAUUCAAAUCAUUAUCAUCAACAAUGUCUUUAUCUAGCUGUGGUCAAAUUUGCCUUUCAUCCCAGCCUCUCUUAUUUAACAUAUGCUAUUAUAUUGCUAUACUGUCAUCUCAUCUGUAGAGUCCUAUUGCUAAUGUGAGAAACCAUUCUCAUUUUAGCCUUAUUGCAUUAAUGCUUCAAUGUUUGGAUUUAUUUGUGCUCUAUACUCAUAACAUUUAUGAGAUCAUUUUAUCAGUGAUUUGUCAUGUUACUUUUGUCUUGUUCUUUCAAACAAGAUCUGAAAAUAUGAGUGAAAAGUUUCCACUAUCUCAGUCACGCAACCAUUUAAUAAUGGAUAAAUUACAAUUUUAAAUAAAUCUCGUUGAGCUUACAGCAAUUUUAUUAAAGGCAGGGUAUAUAGCAGAUUUCAAUAGAACUCAGUAUGCGAAAUAGGAUCAUUUUGCAUAGCUUAAAUUCUACAAUUGAAAAGUUUAAAUUUAAAUGUAACUUCUAUAUUAACAAAGGUCUACAGUUACUAACUAAAGUAUAUUUCUCUGUUCCCCACCUCAAGAAAUCGUAAUGUAAACUUUAAGUAUCCCACUAAAUUAAGACAGAAUUGUUAGUGUGCCAGAAUUCUCCUGGCUUUAUGUUCUGAGUUUAAAUUCCACCAAGAUUAACUUUGCUUUUCAUCCUUCCAGGGUUGAUAAAAUAAGUACCAGUGGAGCACUGGGGUCAAUGUGAUUGACUAGGGCAUACUUGACAGAGAACAUUUUCUUUCCAAACAAUGAAUAAUCAAAUAGAAUUAGUUGGUGAGUGAAUCAUGGAAAAUGCUUUUUACUGAUGAAUCAUUAUGAUGAUGGUGAAAUAGGGAUUGAUUUCAUAUAUAUAUGUAUAUAUAUAUAUAUAUAUAUAUGAGCCGGGGCUAAACUACCUAAAGAAUGUUUAGUGAUGUACAUUCAAGCCAUAAUAAAUUUGAUAUUUAAGGAUGAACCCUUUCUUUUAGACUUGCCAACUAGUUUAUAAAUUAUUGUGGAAUAUGAACACUUUCAAUAUGAAAGUAUUGGGUUUAUAUUAUCAGCUUAACAAAGAAUGUGUUGGUAAUUCUGUUUCUAGGGUUACAAGUCCGUCCUGUAUAACCAUUAAAUUCUUCUAAGCCAACAAAAAGAAAAACAAAUUGCUUUAUUAAAGUGUAUAAGUUAUAACCAAAUCUUCCAGGUCUUCAACAUAAUAUUUUAAAUAUACAAAGUGUUUCAGAGAUUUUUAAUUCAAUUAUUCACUAUCAGCAACAAGUAUUUUUCAAAGUCUUAUUUAUCAAAACAUGUUUUGAGAGGAGGCUGUACAAUACAUCUAAUCCCCUCUUCAGCAUCGUUCUCAUUUUCUUCUUACAUUGUUGACCUUUCCAUAGGAGAAAGUUGACAUUAACAUUUCAUUCUUGAUGGGACCAUCUCUAACGAAGCAAAACUGAAUUGAAAUAUUUAAGUUUUCUACCACUCCCUACAUCAAGCAUCACACAAAAUCCUUUACCAAGAAUUGCUUUUAUCUAGUCUUAUUAAAAUUAUGUUGAUACUGAUAAUAAGAAACAUGUUUCUAAUGUAAAAAACAAUCAUUCGGUGUUCAAAUGGAUUCAUUUUGUCUUGGUUUCCUUUUUUUAAUGGUCUCAGACUUAAUGUGAAUUCAUUUUAUCAUGUGACUGGAAUGAAUUAGAAAUAUUUCCAAGGAGUUGACUCUUACACAAAAGCUACUGCAAUUUUGUGUUCCAGGACUGAAACUUAAAAGUAAUUUUUUUUUUUUUUAAUCAAAAUCCUCAUCACUCAAUUGGAGUAUAGUCAAUUUGUUUAAUUUCUGGAAAACAUUAUCUCUAAUUUUCAAGGACCAUGAUUGCAGAAAAAACAAACAAAAAGGAAAAAAAAUACAAAUUUGAUCUGUCUUCCUUCUUGCUAUAAACAAAUCUUUAACUGAACAAAUGACUGCAACAUGUUUCUGUGUUUGAUGUUGCUCUUUGUGGUGGCUGGUGAUAACAAGUAGUCACAAUUUUUUUUAUUUACAAUGUGCAACCACAUUAGAUUGUUGAUAUUGUGCUGUUAUUUUGAAACUCACUUGUUAAAUCUAUCACCAAAAAGCUACUUUCUUUUUUUUUUUUUUUUCAUCUGAAAUAUUCUUAUGUAAUUUUCCCAAGACUAUUGACAUUGAGUAUUUCACUCUAUUUGCAAUUGUGAUAAACUGUCUUUAUUAUGUAAAUAAUAAUAAUAGAAAGUUUUAUAUAGCUCUGAGCAUCUUUAAACAUUA